AUGGAUUCUAAUCCAUAUAAUACACAGCCGUCAAAUUUUGUUGACCUUCUCAAUAGUCAACAAGACGUUGUGUUUGGUUUAGGGGAAGAUAGUGUCCAUGUUUCUUCAUCACAUGUUCCUCUUUUUGGAAUUCCGCGAAGUCAAGAUCCUCACUUUGGUGAGAUUCCUGCAGAGCGUAAAGAAAGAAGAACAUGGACGCCUACAGACGAUCAAGUGCUCAUAUCCUCUUGGUUAAACACUAGUAAAGAUCCCAUUGUAGGGAAUGAGCAGCGAUCCGGAACUUUUUGGCAGAGAAUUGCAGCGUACUUCGCAGCAUCACCAAAGAUUGGAGCCAGUGAAAGGAGGGAGGCCAGUCACUGCAAGCAGCGUUGGCACAAGAUCAAUGAUCUUGUUGGGAAGUUCUGUGGCGCGUUUGAAGCUGCAAGCAGAGAGAGAACCAGCGGGCAAAACGAUAAUGACGUUCUGAAGCUAGCGCAUGAGAUCUUCUUCAACAACCACAACAAGAAAUUCACUCUCGAACAUGCGUGGAAGGAGCUUCGGAAUGAUCAGAAAUGGUGUGACCUGUCAAGUGUUAAGUCAGCUAAGGCCAAUGGUAAGAAGAGAAAGGCAGAGGAAAGGCUGUCUGAGUUUGAGGGUAUGUGGAGCAUCAAGAAGGAGAAUUUGGCUAUCAAGGAAAGGCUCUCGAAGAUGAAGCUCCUUGAUAGCCUAAUUGCAAAAGUUCAGCCGCUAGCUGAGUAUGAAGAAGCCUUGAAAAAAACUCAUCAAUGA